AUGGGAAGUACAAGUCUUGAAUUUGAGCAAAAUGCUUUGAACCGUUUCAAUAUGAUGAGCAAUGGCCCAGAUGGAUUCUAUUGGCGUAGACACCAAUCACCUCCUCCUCCUCCUCCUCCUCCACCACCACCUUUUGGUGCCUGGAGCUUAAGACAUGAGAAAAGCACAUUUUUAAAGAAGUCGGUCAUCCCGUGCUGGAAGGGGAAACUCAAAGCUCAAAAAGAAAUCAUGACCCCAAAAAUCUCUAUGGCUAGGGUCUCUCCACUCUCAUGGCUUCAGGAUAGCGUGAUGAAGAAUCAACAAGAAGAAGCAAGAAAUUCUGCAUGGUUCCAAAAAUUCAAGUUAUUAUCACAAACCUAA